AUGUCAGCCAGAAAGGGCUAUCUGCUCCCUUCGCCAAAUUAUUCCACAACAAUGUCAUGCUCCGAGAGCCCGGCUGCAAACUCUUUUUUGGUAGACUCCUUGAUCAGCUCGGGCAGAGGGGAAGCGGCGGGAGCAGGAGGCGGAGGCGGAGGCGGAGGCGGCUACUAUCCCAACAGUGGUAUCUACCUGCCACAAGCGUCCGAUCUGUCCUACGGGCUGCAAAGCUGCGGACUUUUCCCCGUUUUGAGCAAACGCAAUGAAGGUACUUCUCAAAGCAUGGUCCCCAGCUCGCACCCCUACGUGUCAGGGAUGGAAGUGUGGCUAGACCCCCCCCGGUCCUGUCGCAUGGAAGAGCCGGAGAGCCAGCAGGCCACCUCGUGCUCCUUCGCUCCAAGCAUUAAGGAGGAGAGCUCCUACUGCCUCUAUGACUCAGAGAAAUGCCCCAAGGGCUCGGUCGCCACAGACCUCGCUCCCUUCCCCCGGCUGAGCGCCGAGGUCAGCCCGGCCAGCAGCGGCGGCGGGGUCCCCGUCCCGGGCUACUUCCGCCUCUCCCAGGCUUAUGGCACCUCCAAGAGCUACGGCGCGGGGCCGGCCGGGGCUGUCCCCUUCCCUCCGCAGCCCCCCGGCCGCUUCCAGACGCCUCCAUCUUUGCCUCCCGUCCCGGACGCGGGGAGGAAGGAGGACGAGGAGCGCUCCCCCAGCCCCUUGGCGUGUGUCUCCCAGAGGGAGGACGAGACUCAGGCUUCAUCUUCCACCGCAGAGGAGCUCUCUCCGGCUCCGUCAGAGAGCAGCAAAGCCUCUCCCGAGAAAGAGCCCGUAGGCAAUUCAAAAGGAGAAAAUGCAGCAAACUGGCUCACGGCAAAAAGUGGCAGAAAGAAACGGUGCCCCUAUACCAAGCAUCAAACUCUCGAGCUGGAAAAGGAGUUUCUAUUCAAUAUGUACCUGACUCGUGAGCGUCGCCUAGAGAUCAGCCGCACUGUCCACCUCACAGACAGACAAGUUAAAAUCUGGUUUCAGAACCGCAGAAUGAAACUGAAGAAAAUGAACAGAGAGAAUAGGAUUCGGGAGCUCACAGCCAACUUUAAUUUCUCUUGAUGAACCUAUAAACACAUCUUUAUGGUUUAAAGAGCCAGUAUCAUUUUCCUAGGCUGUAGUCAU